CUAUACCAUCAAAUUACCAUAACAUUUGUAACGGUUUUCUGUCUACUGGGUUGAGACCACCAUUUACAAGUUAUAAGUGAUCAUCGAAGCUCUCUGAACGUUGUACUGUACAGAAAUACUAUACAGACCACGAAGCCGAUAACUUUCUCCAAGUUCAACCAACCGAUUCCAACUCAGUUCGUUAUUGGAAAAUAGACAACAAAAAUCAGUUACAUUUCUGGAAAUAUCAAGAAAACGUCGAUGUUACAUGCAAUUUAUUUUUGGUUGAUAUUUUACGGUGGAAGUGUUGGCCAGGAUCCAGAUUGGUAAAAUUUCAAUUUGUAUUGAAAUUGUUUAUCGUUAUACUAGACGUAAUAUGAUCACGUAACGGGGUGUACAUGUGUGUCAAAUUUGUCAAACAAAGAUGUUAAUCUGAAGUAGUGAAAGUAAUGUGCAUUUAUCUAUAUCGUAAGGAAUGUACUCAGAAACUGCAGUGUUCAUAGACAGAGAGAUAAAAAUAUGUCAAAUGCAUUCUAAGGAUGUGGAAUAAUUCAUAUAAGAUCUCGUAUGUAUGUAAAUUAUAUAUUAGACAAAACCAACUAUAAAGUGCUAUUGCUAUAUCGUCCGGGCUUAGAAUAAAAUAAAAUAAUUAUGGCAAAGUGGAAGUAUUUUUAUGAAUUUGUGGAUCUCCCAAGAGAAUAGAAUCGUCGUGUUGAUAUCUGCUAAAUGUGUGUAUUAUUUAUAUGUAUCUAUUGAGUGCUGGUCUUUUCAAACCUUGGAAACAGUUAUACCCAAGGGGAGUAUAUAUACAUUCAUGAUAAUGAAAACUUCAUCUAGGUUUUUAUCUAUAAGAAAUAUAUUAAUAUCGAUUGGUGGUGAGACUCUGGGUCUACAGAGUAUUGUUAGACAUUAGGCGCGAGACAUAACUUUCAUAAUAUUUCUCCUGAUAAGAUCAUAUGUUCUAAUCAUGUUCUGAGUUUGUAAUACGAUUAGCGGCCAUUAGGGAAUAAUUAUCCUAAGCACGCAGACAUUUGUGGCGUAUUAAUUGAGUGACAGUAUAAAAUAGCACCAGCAUAAAAUGUAAGGAAAACUCAAGCAGAUUUAACUUCCGAAAAGACAUAAUUCAUAACUGAAAACGUUCAUAGACGGAACGUUUUGGAUAUGUAGACUUUUACUCGAUGAUAGAUGUCGAUAGAUAAUAAAUAUUGGAGAUAGAAAGUUUAAUGCUAACUUCAUCCCAGACGAUAAUGUGCUAUGGAGAAGUUAAGGGGCCCUUUAAAGUCUUUCUGAACGAAGUCUGGUCACCAAAGUUUAAUAACUAUGGUUAAAUGUCGACGUAAAGUGUGUCUUUCAGUUGUGAAAAUUGGUUUCAUUUUUUAUAUUUUUGUCUUCCUACUUCAGUUCACCAAAAAUUAUUACAGACUUCCAAAUGGUGGUGUUAUCGAUGACGUCAGAAUCAAUGACGGGGUUAAUGUGAGGGGAUAUCAUUAUUCUCGGCUACCAACUUUAGGAAUCAACAAGCUGAAACCAGAAAUUAAUAGCAGGUCAACAAUCUCAGCUCCCUCUGACGUUCAUUUCAAGAAGUUCUUGGCGCCAGCUCUACUCAUUGUUGUUUGUUCCCAUCCGUCUCACGUGCAACAUCGUUUAACAAUUCGAAACACAUGGGGUUACAAUUUGUCUGAGGAGGUGGGCGUCAUGUUUGUGGUUGGGAGAGACAAGAAAGGGGCGUGGGGGUCUGUAGUAGACAGAGAAAACGUGCUUCAUCAAGAUCUCAUUCAAGUCAAUACCGUCGAAGAUUACCGAAAUCUGACACGUAAAAUGAUUGCUGGACUUAACGUAAUUAUUAACGAUUUUUCUUCCGCUCAAUACGUGCUUAAAACGGACGAUGAUGCAUUCAUUAAUGUGCCUUAUGUUCUAGAAGAAAUAACAAAUAACCGAUACUUCCUGAGUGAGUCCCGUAUAAUGGGUGCCUUGUGUAUUAAUGCCACAGUGAUCAGAGAUCCCCGUGAUGUGUGGUCCGUACCAUCAAAAACAUUUCCCAAUAAAACGUUUCCACCUUAUCUAGCAGGAGGGGCGUAUUUGUUUAGGACAACAACUCUGAUAAAACUGAUAAAGUUUGCCGACCAUGCAUCGCCUUAUCUGCAUUUAGAAGAUGUUUACAUUACAGGAAUAUUAGCCCAAUCUGCAGGUAUUAAGCAUAUUAGUCAUCCCGGCUUCUCGUUCUGGAACAGUAAAAAAGCCAGCGCGUGUGAUAUUGUCAACAGACGUCGGAUAUCAAGUGUCAAUAUGUCUGAUAAACAAAUCAAAAUAUUAUAUAAACAAAUACACAAAUACUAUGUGAAAGGGUGUUAAAACUUUCUAAAUAUAAUGGUAUAAUAUAGUGUUUUAUCUUGUUCGUGUAAGAUUCUGAUAAAGAUGAUUGUGUUCAUUUUCAUGUUCAUGAAUCAUGACACAGGCACUUG